AUGAAAGGGGCAGUUCAGAAAGCGGAAGAGAUAUUGGCCAAGACUCCAAAUACAUAUAUCCUUCAACAAUUUGACAACCCUGUUUAUCUAAAGGUGCAUUAUGAAACUACUGGCCCAGAGAUAUGGAAAGAGUUUCUAACCAAGACAAAAACAAAAAUAACUGAUUCCCUUACCAACUUAACCAUAAUCAACAACAACUUCUUUGUGAUCUCCCUCAUCACAGUCUUUGUGAUCUCCAUCAUCAUAAUCUUCUUCUGCAUCAUCUUUGCAGCAUCUCAACAUCAACCAUAUUUUGCAUCAUCUUCAAUCUCUACUACUGAUUCAAAGUCAGAUCUUUAA